AAUGUAUUCCGCUCUCCGGUUUGAAGUCUUUAAGAACGGAAAAUCUCCAAAAUGCGAUACUCGACUCGGAUCUAGAUAUAUUGAACAGAACGCAAGAAAUCACUUCUCGGACAUGCUCUUAUUUCCAUGGAGUCUUUAAAUUUACAACGAUGUCUGUUUGUUACGCUUGCUUGGCAGGUACGGGCACUAAGUUUGGUCCAUCUGAUCUGACAACACGCCGAGAGACCCUUGACGCAACGCAGACGUUGCAGUGCUGCACCAAUUCUUGGACUGAUGUCGUUGAGUCGCCGAUACCAUUGUCACGCAUUGGCCAAUAAGAAUAUCAAAAGUCGGAAGACAGUCCAGAAGCAAACGAAAGAUAUACAUUUUGUGUACUGUUUCCAUAAUCAGCUUCGUCCCUGUCCGUUCACUUUACCUUCGGUCAUUCUUGAUGCGCCUCGUCAUAGUUUCAAUAAAGAAAUAUCAGAUAUGGGAGAGAACGAAUUACUUCUAUUUCUCAGAGCGCCGUCCUCGGCCAAUUCGCUUUCGUUCCAGAGAAGUUGCGAAUAUCUCGGCUUAAGAAACUGCAAUGAGCUCACCCGUGCCAGGAAAGAUAAGAACAGUCAUCGAAUCUGACGGCUAAGCAAUUCCAACACAGAAACAUGUUCGCAAGCUCUUGUUUCCUUCCUCUCAAAGUUUCCGCCAAGAACCCAAGAUCUUGUACCCCGGAACACGUGAAUACCCAGCACUGAUUUCUUGUGACCUUCCGCUUCGGGUCACAACCGGUGGGAGCCCAAGCGAUCACGUCCCUGCAAAAUCUAACAUGAACACCAAUUUUUUGGAAAUCCGCCGUUCCGAUGAUAUGUAGCCAAGAGAACGCGAGCGGGGUUAUAUGUCGCUAUCCAGGAAACAUGUUUGCAAUUGCGCUGAUCGAUGGCAAACUGGCGCAAAGUAUAAAUGACAGCUCCUGUUCCUGCAUGUCGCAGCGAACUCUCUCAAUCUCCCUCAAAAGUUUCACUUUUCUUAUAGAGGUGCAUUGUUUUGGCUAGAUACCAUGGUUCGCGCCUUGUCUCUUAGUACCCUUGCCCUGCUCUGCUCUGCAGUGGCGGGCAAGGAGAUCAACAUGAUGGGAGUGGCACAUUCGGAAGAGUACAUCUCUGGAGCCAAGCAUAACGAGAUCAUGAAGAUCAAGAUGGCGCAUUGGGAUUUUGAAGUCGCAUCUGGGGUUAUGAACAGUGAACUUUACCCGGAACUUGGGUACACUAAGUGUGUUGAUGGCUUCGCUGCUGCAAUUCCUGGCGACUUCAACAAUACCUUCAGGUGUAGAAACGUGAAUUUAUUCCCAAGAAGACUUAAUGCAGCUAAUCUCUUCUUUUAGAUGGAUCUCUAUCAUUUCCGCUCUCAUGCAAGCCUUGGAAGUGCCGUUCAAGGGCAGGCUUCCUCCUCAUGGGGUUGGACUUCAGCUGAUGGCCGGGAAUUUGUCGCCGUCGGUCAGUUCGACGGAACUGCAUUUGUCGAGAUCAGCUCUGAGGGCAAGAUGAUCUAUCUCGGUCGUCUUCCCACUUGGGAUGCUGUCGGAGCACGAUGGAGGGAAAUUCGAGUCGUGAAGGACUUACUUGUUGUUGGCUCAGAGGCUUUCGCUCACGGCAUUCAAUUGUUCGAUUUGACCAAGUUACUGACACUGGACCCCGCCAACCCAACAACUUUCACACAAGAUGAUCUUGCGAGCCAUUGGGGCGUUACUUCUCAAGGAAAUGCUUCCGAGCCAUGGGAUAAACUUCCAGUGGGCAGAACCCACAACGUUGUUGUCAACGAAGAGCUAGGCUAUGCUUUGGCUGUUGGGUCUGUUGGUGGAAACGUCACGACUCGCGUGAGAGAGAAUAUGCCAUGCAAUGGCGGACUUAUCUUCCUUGAUAUUUCUGAUCCAUCCAACAUGAGAUCAACUGGAUGCGCUGCUGCGGAUUUCUAUGUCCACGAUGCUCAGUGCGUCGUUUACAGAGGACCAGACAAGAGAUAUCAAGGUCACGAUAUCUGCUACGGCUACAACGAAGACACCGUCACAAUCUUUGACGUUACAGGCGACAAGAAGAUCGGCAACCAAACGACCAUUAUCGCCCGGGUGUCCUACGAAGGGGCUGAGUACAUCCACCAAGGCGUUGUCCUUGACCUCCAAAACCAAGAAUACCUGAUCUUGGACGACGAAUACGACGAAGUCCGUGCCACUGUCGGCCCAGCCACCAACAAGCUCCCCACAACUCACAUCUUCGACAUCCACGAUCUCGAGAACCCGAAAUACACUGGUUACUAUCAGAACAAGGUCCGCACCAUUGAUCACAACCAGUACGUCUACGAUGGAUUCGCGUAUCAGUCCAACUACGGCGCUGGAUUCCACAUCUACGAUAUUAGCUCUAUUCCUCGCGAUCCUACCGGAAAGUCUGUCUACGAAGCAGCGUUCUUCGAUAUCCACCCCGAGGACGAUGAAGCGCCUGGGGGAGGCGAAGUGGUUUUUGCCGGAACGUGGUCUUCCUUCGCAGGAUUCAAGUCAGGCUGGAUCUACGUCAACACAAUCGAACGUGGCUCUUUCAUCUUGAAAGCUACAGCUAAAUCACCGGCCAAGGCCCCAGUUUGUAACGCAGAUAAUUGUCUGAGAGCGUUCCGCGCGGAUCAUAUUCCUGGACGCUUGGAAGAGAGUCAGGAUUUCUGUGCUAGCUAUCUGGCGAGGCAGAGGGAUGUGCAGGAUGUGACGAAAGCGUAUGCGAAGAGUGCCUGUACGCGGACGAUUGGGUUGAAAGCCCAGGUUUCGAGUGCAUGUGCUUGUUUGCCGACGGCUACGGUUCCCGUGUAAGGAAACGUCGGAGCAGAUGUUAUAUACUGAGUCAGUCAGGGAAGAAGUCUUGUAAACUUUGUAGAAAUGAUUAAGGCCUGGGGGUAGGCUUUCGCAGCGCUCUUCUCAAAACUUAGCCGAGAAGCAAUCAAAAGUAAACAUCUGCUGUACAUAACUUCCGUUUUCAAGAUGAUUUCCUAUUUAUAAUCGCCCGUAUCUGCAAGUCUCACUGGUCUUGCUACAGUGGAG